GUGGUUCUAUCAGCAUGCAGCACGUAUUUCGACACGAUCCUGUCGCAAUACGAGGAGAAAGACCCCAUUGUCAUAAUGCGGGACGUUAAAUUCUCAGACAUCAAAGUGCUGGUCGAGUUUAUGUACAAGGGAGAGAUCAACAUUGAUCACGUGAUGUCGGCCGGCGACUUAUUUACAUCGUGGACAUCCACGAAGCGAGGCGGCAGCACUUGUGUCCCGCUGACGGAGGGAAAAAUGCUCGCGGAGGGGCACGACGGGGCGGUGGAAAGAACGCCGGCUGCUGGCCUCAAUUUAUUAAUAAUUGAAGACUCUUUGCCGUUCGAGGUUCGGGAGCUUCUGCCGCCGCUUCAAAGCAACCCGAACUUCCCAUUAAUCUCAGCAGCAAAAAUCCGCUCGGCGACGAUGCAAUUUGUUUUGCAACCGGGUGAGGCAAAAGCCCCCACCGGUCAAUCGUGUUCCUCUUACCUUCCUCUUCCUCUUCCUCUUGUCUCUCUCGAUCUUCUCGUCUCCUCCUAUUCGCCGGCUAAUCGAACAAAAGAGAAGUGGCGCGCUUCCACUUUGUCGUCGGUGGAAAUCGAAUCGAUAUAGUCUCAUUGCGCGACGCGCUGCGCCUAAUUAACGACCCAGCAAGUUUUUGUCUUCUCCAUGGUUUGGAUUCUAUCUUAACUUGGUUGUUGCGCGGUAUAUAUCGGCUUGACAAGAAACAGCCAUUGGUUUUAGCGAUCGUUUAUUUCCUCCCUGACGAAAAAAAGAAAAAAAAAGAAAAAAAAAAAACCGAUAUAACUAGCCUCGGUAUAUAGAGCCAAUAAGCACGUGUGUGGUGUGUGCAUUGACAUACUCGCCUUCUACUCUGGUACGCUGCAUACGUUGCGUCGCGUUGUUUUAAUUAUCUACGAGCUGGUUAGCUUAUAGAGUCGUGACGCAAAUUAUUGACUUUUUAGUGUUCGUUCGUUUUAACGUGACUUGACCUAUGGCUCAUUUUCAUGUGCGCGGGGCAAGUGCGUUUUUUUUUUUUUUUUUUUUUUUCAAGAAUUGUCUAGUUGUCUGUGGCUUAUAUAUUUGAAGUUUUUCACUUUGUUCGAAUCGUUCGAAAAAAUUUAA